UAUAUAUAUAUAUAUAUCGAAAGUUAAGCUCAGGUACUACUCUACUGUUGUAAUAUUCAUACAUACCUGUGCUCACAACACACACAMACACACAGUCAGUAUAAAGUGUUUGUCCAACAAAUUAAUAGUGUGUCCUCUAUUUUAUUAUCAUUGAAGAAGUUUUCCGGUGAAGUGGUUUUCUUUUUAGUUCCGGUCGAUAAUAAUCAUAUCAUAAACACCGACCAAACACAACAACAACAGCGACAAUGGGUGACCAGUUUGAUCCGUGCGAAUGUAUCAACAUUUUGACACACGAACAGCGUAUGCAAAGACUCAUUAGUAUGUUAAGGGACAGCCAGAGUGCCUGUACAGACACCGAGUGUUUUACUGAUGCAACAAAUCUAUUAUCUGGUCCGAGUACUAAUGGUGUUACGGCACCGGGAGCCGAUGAUACUGCUCAACUAUCGCUGAUGACAUUUAUGAUUGGCUGGAUUGUCAUUGCAAUGAUACUGUAUUUGCUGCGUCCCGGCUCAUGGCGACGCAGAACGGACACCAAAAAGGGCCACCAAAACGGCCCGGGAGGUAGCGGUGGUAACCCACGCGACGGUGGUGACGAUCCCGAUCAUCGGUUUGUAAUGUAGAGGUCAGGGCGAUGUUGUCCGUCCUCUUUAAGAUCCCUUAAAAAGUGUUUUACAAUUUUGUUUUGAGUACAGACAACAACAACAACAACAAAAAACAACUUUUUUGAUAACAAAAUUAUAUUUGAAAGUAAAUUAAUUAAAAUAAUUGCAAUACAAAGGCACAAAAUAUUUCAAUACCGGAACCAAAUUUAUUUUUUAUUAUAGGUUUUUUAAAAAUUUAAUCUUAAAUUUAAGUAUUUUUUAUUAGUAUUAAUUGAAUGAUUUUUUAAAUAUAAAAAUGAAUAUUAUUAUUAUUUUAAUUAUU